UGGAGCGAACGGGGGGAGCCCCGGGAUCGCUGCACUUUCCUGUCCCACCGAGCCGGGGGUCGGGCACCGGCCGUGGGGAAGGCGGACGAUCGCCGGGCUUUGGCAGGGAUAGAAAUGGAGAAGCCGGGACCGGUACAAAGAGUUCAAAGAGGACGGAAAAAUUCUCAUCCCGUUCAGCUUGGGGCCAUCCAAAGGUUCUCGGUUGGGCUAGACUCCCAUUUUAUUAAGCAGGAGCCAGAAGAACAUCUCCAGCAGCCUUGGGACGCUCAGUGGCAGGAUUUUCUGAAGGCAAUGCAACCCUCUCGUUCUGGAAAGAAACGAGCUCAGUUACCUAGCCCUGCCCACUCCGGGGACGGUUCCCGAUCCUCCUUUAAGGAAACCGCUGAUCUGAAUCAGAGGCCUGGGAGAAAGAGCCUGACCCGGCUUCUGCCGGACCCCAUUGGAGAUUGCCAAGACCUCCUUUCCUCCGUGAGCGUGAAGGAAGAAAUUUUAGAGGUAGAAGAAGCUUCUGGCUUCGAAACGGAGCGCCAGCAAUUCAGGCAGUUCUGCUACCUGGAAGCCGAAGGGCCCAAGGAGAGCUUUUUCCAGCUGCAGGAACUCUGCUGGCAGUGGUUGAAGCCCGAGAGAUGCACCAAGAAGCAGAUUCUGGACCUGAUAGUCCUGGAGCAAUUCCUGGCCAUUUUGCCCCCAGCUAUGCAAGACUGGAUCAAGGAGGGCAAGCCAGGGUGCUGUGCCCAGACGGUGGCCCUGGCAGAGGAUUACUUUCUGAGGGUGCAGGAGGCUGAUGGCCUGCGAGGGAAGGAUUCCUGUCCUGGAGAAGAAGUCCCUGCUAUUAAUUCUGCUAAAUCAGAGGAGGUCCCAUCUGAAGUGGUGAACAGCCACCACUCUGCUGAGGCCGAGGAAGAGAGCGAUGAAGAAGCCAGUUAUUUAGGCAAUGACCAAGGUUACGAAAACAAGGAGGAGACCUUUCCCUUUGAAAGACACCCGCAAAUAGGCAUCAGUGGAUUGUCCUUGGCAAGACUCAAUGGGAAGUUAUAUCAGGUGUGUGGACUGGAAGAGAUGGCAGGAAAUGAGCCUCAUCAAGAAAUCCACCAGGAAAACCCAUCAGGAAUCCCAGCUUUUUUCCACGAGGGAAGUUUACGAGAAAACACCUUCCCGCGGGGAGAUCAGAAGAGAAGGAGAAAGAAUACAGGUCCCCCCAGUUGGGGGACGGUUCUGAACCAUGGUUUUGAGUUUCCUCCGAAUCGGAAAGUGCAGAAACUCUACACAUGCACCUACUGCGGGAAGAUCUCUAAUAACAGCGCGCAUAUGAUCAUCCACGAGAGGACCCACACGGGCGAGAAGCCGUACAAGUGCUCAGAAUGUGGAAAAUGCUUCAGCACCAACUGCAACCUGAUGAAACACACCCGGGUGCACACGGGGGAGAAGCCAUACCAGUGUCCCGAGUGCGGCAGGAGCUUCAGCGACAAGGCCUCGCUUAUCGUGCACGAGAGGACCCACACAGGGGAGAAGCCCUACGAGUGCCCCAUGUGUGGCAAAAGCUUCACCUCAAGCUCCAACCUCAUCACCCACAAGCGGGUGCACACCGGGGAGAAGCCCUACAAGUGCUCUGAAUGCGGGCAGAGUUUUGUUCACCGGCCGCAGUUGGUCAUCCACAUUCGGACGCACACCGGAGAGAAGCCGUACGAGUGUCCUGAGUGUGGGAAAAGCUUCAACCAGAAAGCCGAUCUCAUCAUCCACCGGCGCAUCCACACCGGGGAGAAGCCCUACGAGUGUCCCGAGUGCGGGAAAAGCUUCAUCUCGAGCUCUUACCUUCGGAAGCACGAGCGGCUGCACACGGGGAAGAAAGCCCCAGCCGGCGAAGAAAGCCACCAGUGCAGCUACUGCCGGAAGAGCUUCAUCAGCCGAUCCAAACUCCUCAUCCACGAGAGGACCCACACGGGAGAGAAACCCUUCGAGUGUGCCGACUGCGGGAAGAGCUUCAGCACCAGCUCCAACUUGGUCAACCACAAGAGGGUCCACACGGGCGAGAAGCCGUACCAGUGCUCGGAUUGCGGGCAGAAAUUCAGCACGAACUCAAACCUGGUCAAUCACCGGCGGGUCCACACGGGAGAAAAGCCGUACAAGUGCUCCGAAUGUGGGCAGGAUUUUGGUCAUAAAGCUUCUCUCCGGAGGCACAAGAGAAUUCACUCCAGAGAAGCCACCAGAGGCCUGCUUGGAACGGGGGCAAAAUGUUAAAACCCAAACGUGUGGGCAUGUGGAAAGCUGCCUUAUGCUACAGUAGACCCUCAACCCAUUGAGUCGGUAUCACUGGGAAGAAGCACUUAAUGGGCAGGUGUCAUUCACUGCCCUACCUGGAGAGAUCAAACACAGGAUUUGCUACAUGACGAGCCUGCCUUAUGCCUCUGAUCCAGGAUCCAUUAGCUGCGUUUCCAGAUGCUAUUGGAAAACUCCCCAGCAGAAUGAGAAGGCAGGAGCCACAGAGGGAUGCAGUCUCUAAGCUGCCCUUCUCCUGCACACACUUACUUGGAGAGAAAUUCAGUGGGGCUCUACUAAGCCCCCAAUUUUAUUGCAGGAGUCCCAGAAAUCAUCAAGUCCAGCAAAGGACUUCAGUGUCUUUUUUUCUAACACUCAUGUACUACUCAAAGGGUCCACCAAGAGCGGGACUCUUCAAACUUGGCCCUUUUAUGACUUGUGGACCUCAACUCCCAAAAUUCCUCAGCCAGGCAUGCUGGCUGAGGAAUUCUGGGAGUUGAAGUCCACAAGUCACAAAAGGGCCAAGUUUGAAGACCCCUGACCAAGGGGUUUGGCUCUCUCCUGGUCUGUUACACUGAAUAGCGACUAGUUAGAAUUUAUUUUACAAUUGAAUUGGGAUCUAGAUUCCUUCAGGGGUUGAAAGUGAGGGGGGUUUGGGUAGCUUCUUAGGAAGUUUAGAAACAAUUGAGAAAUAUUGAUUGAUAAGGGAGCACCAUUCAAGACGUAAUUAGCAACACAACUGUAGUGGAAUGUAGUCUGGAGCCCCAGGAGGGAAGGGAUGCUUCCCAGAGGGCAAAGAGGCAGCGGAGCUUGGAAUGACUGACAGGCAGGAAGAGGGCUAAGACGGCCCCUCCCUAGCAGUUCACAGAGUACAGGUAGUCCUCAACUUAUAACCAUUCAUUUAGUGAUUGUUGAAAGUUACAACGGCGACAUGACCUUUUUUUACUCUCACGGCCAUUGCAGCAUCCCCAUGAUCACGUGAUCAAAAU